AUGCUGGAAUCCGAGCUGCAUGCGCUCAAGACGGAGCUGCAGAGCACGUUAAUGGACUUGAAUAUUGUAUGUAUGAGCUCUGAAGAUGAUGACACCGAUUGUCUUGAUAUUUCAUCGGCUACAGUAAUCACAGAGACGCAAAAAAGUUGGCGUCGUCCACACAGCACACCACAUUUUUGCAAUAGGAAUCAGCCCAUUACACGAUGGAAUCGACGUCAAUUGAUGCAGGAAUUAAGUCUUGUAUCGAAAAGACGACAACAUUUAGAGAAGCAAUUGAAGAAAGAAUUUGAACGAGAGCAACAAGUGCAAGGACAGAAACAGGAUCGAGAUCAACGACGUACUAGUCGUCGAAGGGCGUGUCAAAGUGCAAUUUUACAAUUGCAACAACAACGUGCACAUAUUUUACAACAGAUUGAGCAUGAAAUGGCAGCAGAUGCAAGUGAAAUACCAGAGAGACAAGACUCGAGACAGACUCAUGACCAGGAGACUUCACGAAACAACUGGAAUCAGAUGCUUCCGACUUCUCAAGCUACUAUUACUCGACCUGUUAAAGUGCUAUGUAAUAGUGAAACUCAGUACUCAAUUGGAGGAAUAGUAACACUUGAGCCGUUGUCUUCAUCACAACAACCUCAAGUGUCAACCAUGAGAACUGGAGUGUCGUUGCAUCCCGCUGUGGACGUUGCUUCGAUUGCAACGGAGAUAAGGAACACGCAACCAAGACAACUUUACCGGCAUACACCAGACACAUUGAAUGAUGUAUUUGUAUUGCAAUUAAAGUUUGCCGAGACAAUGUUAAAGCUUGAAAAGUCAGUGCAGAUACGUGACCAGUUACUGCAGCAUGACAGGAUGUCGAGUUUAGCAAACAGCAAGACAAAGACACAAGUGAUAGAGGAGACGAGACAUACUCAUCGUCCCAGUCGACAUCGAAGACGGUCUAUUCAGUGUGAAGCCAAUAGCGACUUGAGCGUCAUCUACCAAGAGAACAGCGACAAAUCGUUCAGUUCGAGUGCGUACUCGUCUUCGUCAUUGGACACGACGCCACAUCGUGGCCAAAAUAUUCGAAUGGAGUAUCCAAAUUUCGAAGUGUCGAGAGCAACUACGGCUGAGACGCAUGCACCAUCCGCAUUGGGUGGAGAGAACUCGCUUAAUAUGGAGGGGAUCGAUAGGAUGUCCAUGGUAUCAGCACGAAUCACGACGCAGUCACCCCACGAAUCCUCUGAGGAUAAUCGAAACAGCGUUGCCGAGCAUACACCUUCCAACGAGCAGGAAUCAGAAGUCAACAGGACACCUACAACAGACAGCAGUGCACCAACUCCGACUACUGGAAGUGACCAAAAGUCGACUUCCUCAUUGUCCAAGCAGGUUCGUUUUGGUGACGAUGCGUAUUCCACCCCCGUGCUUGCUCGAAAGUUCAAUUUUGAUGGCCCGUCGAUUGAUGAAGAUGAGUACGAGGAAAAGGACGAAGAGGCAGGGAGUGUUUUGAGUUUCUUGGGUGGAUCCAGUGUUACCAGUAUGGAGCUGAAUGACGUGUCUUUUUUGCGGGCUUUUGAGCGCUUUCGCCAUGAGCUAAAUGCGUCCAGACUCCACUCUGUGACGCAGUCGUCGCUCCAACUUCCCCUUGCGAGGAAGUUGUUCCCCGAACAGAAUGUGCUACAGACCGUCAAAACGGCAAACAGUGCACCGCGUGUGCUGGAAGGAGUUCAGGAGAAUACUGUUGCAUCUACUGGUGAAGCAGAUGCCUGCGACCACAUUACUGUAUUUCCAGCGCUUGACGGGUUAAGUAUAGAAGAGCUACAAGUGCUACGCGGACGGCUUUGCCUAGACAUUCAAGCUGCAAGUGCUCAACUUGUACUGAGUUUUGGUAAAGCACAAAAUGUGAAUGCUGGAUCGCAGGACACGGAGCAAAUUCAACAUCGCUUACAAAUGAUGCGAGAUGAACUUAAGGCUGUCGACGUACGGUUAAAAUUAUUGGAAUGA